AUGAAGCAACUCAAAGCGACCGAUGUACUGGCAUCAAAACAAGUAAUGCUGAUAGCAAGGUCCUUGAUGAAACUACUGGAAACAUUUGGGGAUGGGCACAAGGGACGCUUCUUGGACUAUGUCAACAGCAGACUUGGCAUCUCCAAAUCAUCCUACUACUACUACAUGGAGCACUAUGCCUUUAUGUCAAAGUAUCCGGAAUUCCAAACGCUGGCAGUGUCCUUUAGAGUGUUCAGAAGUAUGAUUCCAAAAAUCAAGGAAUGUGGAAAACCUUCGCAACAAGUAGUUCCUCGUCAGUCGAUGACUCCUUCAGACUGCAGUGAUAAUGAUAAAGUCAUCAGUGGUGGAACUGACAUUGCUACUUUCUUUCACGGAGAGCAAAGUACUGAAAAUGUCCACCGCAGUGGAAAAAAGUUCUAGCUGUACACUCCUUGAUAUCUUCGUGAUAGACAGCACAGAUUCAUUCAAACCUAUUUCCACCACAUUAAUGUAUCUUUUGUAUUAACUUGUAAAUAGAAAAUCUCUGCAACUAUUGUGUUUAUUAUGAAAAUCUCAUUAUUAUCGGGUGUGUUUUUGAGCUAAACAUUGUCUCCUGAUUGUUUAGUUUUCUUGUACUUUUUAGCUCUCUCCUUCUCUGCCUCGGUAUUAGCAGCAUAAUAGUCUCGAUAUCGUUUCCUUUCAGCUUGUUUGUUUUUGGCAUAGUAAUCUCGGUACCAUUUCCUUAGUUGUUCUUGUUCGUCAACUGAAUACGAAUCCCAAUUCUUAAUACAUUGAAUGUACGCUUGGUGAGUUUUAAUGAAACUAAUGAAUGUCAUUUAUACAGUUGGUUUAGAAAAUAAGCUCCGCUUAAUGUUCUCCGUUUUUAUGAGCUGGACCUCUAAUUCUACCCAAUUCUUCCAAUUCUCUUUUAUUUCGACGUUCCAUAUUUGUCAUUCGUGGUUCUCUCUGUCUAGAUUCUGUAUGAAACCGUUGGGUAGAUUCAAUACGUUGUAGUUCAUAGUAUUUGUAUGCCUUUGGAAGAAUAUUACCAUCAUCAUCUGCAAUAAAGUACGAAUAGCCAUUGCCACUGAUGACCUUAU